CUCCCACCAAAAAUUCAAAAAAAUAAAGCUUGUGCUUGGCGUGGCUCUGUUUUCUUUCAUUCUGAUUGUGAAUGCUGAGAAAUUCAGAGAUUCUUGAAUCUUCAAAGAGACCAAGCUCACAAGGGCAUACUACAGUCUUACAGACAUUGUCUUUUGUUGUACAUCAUUAGAAAUCGUUGUUGGAAUCUCUGGAUGAUGGCUUCUCAACGCGGAAAACGGAAACUCGAAGUACCAGAUGCCCCUCCAAGGAAGCCUCAAAUUCUACUCGCUGCUUGCGGAUGUUUGGCUGCUGACCAAUUUGCACUCCUUUGCAACUAUUUCUUACAGUGGGCAGAAGUUAGAACAGUUGUAACAAAAACUGCUCAGAAAUUUGUUAAAGUUUCUGAUAUUCCCCAUACUGUGCCUAUAUAUACGGAUGAAUAUGAAUCGUUUAUUUGGAAAAAAUUGGGUGAUCCAGUUGUUCACAUUGAACUUGCUAACUGGGCUGAAAUCUUAGUCAUUGCCCCCUUAUCAGCAAAUACUCUUUCAAAGAUUGUUUCUGGGUUUAGUGACAAUUUACUGACAUGUAUUGUAAGAGCUUGGGACUACAGCAAGCCAGUGUUUGUUGCAACAUCCAUGAACACUUUAAUGUGGAAAAACCCUUUUUCAGAAAGGCAUUGCAUCGCCAUUGAAGACCUUGGCAUUAAUUUAGUCCCCCCGCCUUCCGGGAAUAACCCAGAGAUGGCUGAUCCCUCGGUGAUUUACUCCACUGUGAGGCUCUCCUAUGAUUCAAAGAUGAAGAAGGGACAGGGUGCGGUUUAGCAUUUGUUUUGAGAAUUGUGAGUGUAAAAACUAAAAAGGAUUCCUUAAGGCUUCUUGAUCUUCUGCUGUUGCAUCAUUCUUUUUGGCAAUUUUUGUGUUUUCUCAUACAUCAAGUGUGAUCAUAGUUUUUGUGUAUCACUGCUUGAGGGUUGGGACUCUAGUCUCUUUAAUUUCUGUUAGUGUGUAACUGGAUGUGUUAAGCAUCAUUAGGAAUAAAAUUGUAGCAACCUUUUGUGAUU